AGUGCUCACAUUUUCAAGCAUCAAAUAUCAUCCCUGCCAAUCAUCUAAUCCUUUCACACUUUCAUCUUCUUUGAUCAUUUUCUAAGCUCUAAAAUCAUCACCAUGGGUGUCUUCACAUACUCAGACGAGUCCACCUCAGUCAUCCCCCCACCAAGAUUGUUCAAAGCCCUUGUUCUUGAAGCGGACACCCUCAUCCCCAAGAUUGCUCCCCAAUCAGUUAAAAGUGCUGAAAUUGUUGAAGGAGAUGGAGGUGUUGGAACCAUCAAGAAGAUUAGCUUUGGUGAAGGAAGUCAUUACAGCUAUGUGAAGCACCGGAUCGACGGGCUUGACAAAGAUAACUUUGUGUACAACUACACUUUGGUUGAAGGAGAUGCUCUUUCAGACAAGGUUGAGAAAAUCACUUAUGAGAUUAAGUUGGUGGCAUCUGCUGAUGGAGGUUCCAUCAUAAAGAGCACCAGCAACUACCACACCAAAGGUGAUGUUGAGAUCAAGGAAGAGGAUGUUAAGGCUGGCAAAGAGAAGGCAACUGGUCUGUUCAAGCUUAUUGAGAACUACCUUGUGGCCAACCCAGAUGCCUACAACUAAAACCUUAAAUGAAUAUAUACUGCAUGAUGUGCUUUCUCUGUCAUUAUAUUGGUGUGGCUUUCAUUUUUUCCUUUUCUUUUUCUUGUGUAUCAACCCAGAGCUGCUUUGGCUUGCACCUAAGUCUAUGAUAAAUUGUAAUGUGUGUAUUUGAUUUGAUUCUCAAUAAAUAAAGCAAAAAUCAGUUGCUGGUCUUUACAAA